AUGUCAACCUUUUUCAACAAAUCGCUUGUGCGCUCACUAGUGCUACUAACAGUCUAUGGACUGUGCGCUUGCGCGCCGCAAAACUACUAUUCCUCCGCGUCCUAUUCAACGAGUCCGUUUCGCGCAAAUCCUUAUCGCCGCGCCAGUUACUCAUCUUAUAGCGAUAACAACCGCGAAUACUAUGAAGCGUUGCGACAAAGACGCCUGCGCGCACUAGCCGACAGCUAUAGAGACAUAUACAACAGAGGCAGCAGUAGUACCAGCAACAGUGACAGUAGCACUGCGCGUCUCUACUCUUCUUCGCGUUUGCCCAAAGCCGUCGCGGCCAUAAGCGCCAACAGCAAUGACGCCAGUGGCAGCAAUACUAUCACCACUAGCAGCAACAACAACAACAACGACGAUCAAAAUACCAGCAACAAUUAUAAUAGAUAUAAUGUCAAACAGCAGGAUGCCACAACAACCACAAAUAAGCCACGUGUCAGUGAAUCUGAUGAGCAAAAUGCCAAAUUUGCUGGCACCAGAAACCAAGAAGCCGAUGAGGAGUCGUCGAAAACUCUCUUACUUCUGAAGAAGAAGAAAAAGCUACGCCGCUGUCUGCCAUUUGGGCGUGACGCACAGGGUGACGAAGUGACUCCACCGCCCGCGGAACAAGGUCGCAUCCUUUGGGACCUCAAUGUCUAUAACGUCUACGGUGGGUAUCCACCGCCCGCAUAUGGUGGCGGUUGUGGUGGAUUUGGUGGCGGCGGGCUUGCUAGCGCUUUUGGUGGUGCCGGCGGUCUUGGUGGUCUUGGCGGUCUUGGCGGCCUUGGUGGCGGUGGUCUGUUCUCUGAUCCCAUUGCGGACGCUUAUGCGCCACCCGACAGGUUGAGUACGUUUCUUCAAUUAUUCGCUCCGGGUAUAUUACAAAAUUCUUUAGCGGCAACGGCACGUCCACCGCCAUUUAGACCACAAGCUGAUAUAGGCGCGGGUGAGGCAAACGAGUUGGCUAAUGAUCCGGAAGUAGAUCCUGGUUAUAGUCCAGUAGCAGCCAGACCGCCACCACCAGUUCGAAGACCCAAUCGGGUUUACUACGAUUCACCGGGAGCGUCUCCCUUAACACCUGCCCAACUUGUAGGCGGUGUAGCAACGACUGUCAACGGUAUCAUACAGCAAUUGACUGGCAAUGUACAACCUGUUUAUCCUGGCUAUAGAUCUUUAAGCUAUGGAAAAUGAAAUUUCAUUUGAAUUUAAGUUUUAUAUUUAUACAUUUUUUUAGUAUUGCCAAUUUUUAA